CUCGCAACGCAACCCCAUACUGUCACCAACUCCAUUUUGGAGUUUAUCAUCAAAUCUCCCAUCGCUCGAUCCCAUCUCUCAUUCCGUACCGAACACCUCCUUCCACUUCACAGCUAAAUCUUCCCCUCUUUUUCCUCUGUCUGCAUCAUAUCCUUUCCCUCUGUUCUCGUACCUGUCUUCAAUUCUAUUGCAGUGUACGGGUUUUCAUAUUUUUAACUUAUUGGAUUUGGGAAGGGAAGGACAGGUUUCCGUCUGCUUAUUUGUUUCCACCCAAACAAACCGCAGUCAAAGUGCUCUGCGCGUGUAGGACCCACUAGCAACCCACCAACUGCAAUUAUGAUUAUCAACGUGAAGGAGUCAUCGCUGGUGCAGCCGGCGGAGGAGACGCCACGGCGGUUUUUUUGGAACGCGAACGUCGACCUUGUUGUGCCGAGAUUCCACACCCCGAGCGUCUACUUCUACAGACCGACUGGUGCUCCUAACUUCUUCGAUCCAAAUGUGGUGAAGGAAGCCCUGAGUAAGGCCCUGGUUCCGUUUUACCCGAUGGCCGGACGGUUGCGCAGAGACGAGGAUGGUCGUAUUGAGAUUGAUUGUAAUGCGGAGGGAGUGUUGUUUGUUGUGGCGGAGACAAGCUCGGUGAUCGAUGACUUCGGCGAUUUCGCUCCCACUUUGGAACUCAAGAAGCUUAUUCCAACCGUGGAUUACUCCGGCGGCUUAUCUACCUAUCCUCUCUUGGUUUUGCAGUUGACGUUCUUCAAAUGUGGUGGAGUCGCACUUGGUGUUGGUAUGCAACACCAUGCGGCUGAUGGAUUUUCUGGUCUUCACUUCGUUAAUACAUGGUCAGAUAUGGCUCGUGGUCUUGAUAUUACCAUUCCCCCUUUCAUUGAUCGCACCCUCCUCCGUGCCAGAGACCCACCUCAGCCUGCAUUCCACCACAUUGAGUACCAGCCUCCUCCAGCCUUGAAAGUUCCUGCAGAAAACUUGAAACCAGAUAGCACAACAGUCUCCAUUUUCAAGUUGACAAGGGUUCAGCUUAACAUACUCAAAGCCAGGGCAAAGGAAGAUGGAAACACUAUAAGUUAUAGCUCCUAUGAGAUGUUGGCAGGUCAUGUGUGGAGAUCUACUUGCAAGGCUCGUGGACUAGCAGAUGAUCAAGAAUCCAAGUUAUACAUCGCAACUGAUGGAAGGUCCAGAUUGCGCCCCCAACUUCCACCUGGUUACUUUGGCAAUGUGAUCUUUACAGCAACACCAAUUGCAGCAGCAGGUGAUCUACAAUCAAAGCCAACCUGGUACGCUGCAGGCAGGAUUCAUGAUGCAUUGGUUCGCAUGGACAACGAUUACUUAAGGUCAGCUCUUGAUUACCUUGAGCUUCAGCCUGAUUUAUCAGCUCUUGUUCGUGGAGCACAUACUUUUAAGUGCCCAAAUCUUGGGAUUACUAGCUGGGUUAGGCUGCCCAUCCAUGAUGCAGAUUUUGGAUGGGGCAGACCCAUAUUUAUGGGGCCUGGUGGGAUUCCAUACGAGGGUCUAUCCUUCAUCUUGCCCAGCCCAACCAACGAUGGGAGCUUAUCAGUAGCCAUUGCAUUGCAAUCUGAACACAUGAAACUGUUUGAGAAGUUCAUCUAUGAAAUUUAAGAAAUUGAACUGCUCCCAAUAAAUCAAGCCAAGGCACUUCCACAUAGCACCAGAAAUUUUUUUGUUUAUUUAUUUUAAUUUCCUUGGUGGUUUUGUACCUUCAAUCCUUUUCACACAUGGUUAAUUAAUGUGAGGAAUACUAAAACGUCCCUUUGAGAGGGCUAUUGUUGUACAUCUGUGCGCAUGUAUGGACUUUGGGAAGGAAAAAAAAUGUAUUCCUAAUUUAAUAAGGGUAAUCAUGUUGUUGCAUUUUAUGAGGUUACUUAUAAACUAAAGUUAUUGUGAUAA